AUGGACAACUUGAAGAAUUUAGCCGGACAGGCUUAUGGUCAAUACCAAAAGUACAAUAAAAAUAGUAGUCAAGGCAAUGGCAAUUCUGGCAACGACUCUUACGGAAAUGAUAAUUCUUAUGACAGCAGCAACAACAAUUCCUAUGGUGUAAUGACAAUUCUUAUGGAAAUGACAACUCUUUUGGAGGCAACAGCAAUUCCUCAUAUGGAGGUUCUUAUGGUAACUCAGACAACAUGUAAUAAUAAUAUGCUUAACAACUCUAAGAGCCAAAAGUCUUUUGAUCAAACUUCAAACUCAUCUAAAAUGAAUUCGGAUAACCACUCGGCACCCUUGGAUACUAGCUCCUUUAUCAAUGCCUUUUCCAAACUAGGUCUUGGUAAAGAUAACGAUCAAAAGUCUUCUGGGCAAGGCUCGGAUACUAUAAGUUAUGCAGCUGUUUUCAGCGCCGUUCAAAAGUACUUUUCUAAGAAUGGCGAUGCGUUAGCAACUGGCCAAGUUCAUUCUGAGCAGCACCAACAAGAUUUCUUAUCCAUGGUGGAGCAAGAGGCUCAAGGGUUGAUAAUGAAAGGUAACUCUUCUUCAGGACAAGGCCAGCGAGGUGCAGGCGGAUUUGAUGGGGAUGCCAAGUCUGCUGUACAAUUGGCGAAAACGCUAUUUCAAAACCGUAAUAUGCUUAUGAAGUUGGUGGAGUCUGGAGGCUCGUCUCAAGCUAGCGGUAACAGUGCUGUAUUGGCAAGCGUUGUUGGCUCUUUCCUCGGAGGUUCGACUUCCACUAACUCUAAUUCGGGCAACAACAAUGCUCCUCAAGCUAAUGCACAUGGAUUGCAGGACAUGGCACAGAGCUUUCUGGGUCCAGGAAACCACGGAUCCAGUCAAAAUGUCGGUAAUUCGCAAGCAAGCUCUGGUUUGGGUGGGUUGCAAAAUCUAGCCGGUAGUUUGCUUGGUUCUGGUAAAAAUUCCACUAGUGAUUCUGGUAAUCAACAGCAAAGUCACGGCAAUUCUCAGUCUGGAUUAGCUAGUAACUUAUUAAAUGCGGUGACUGGAGAGAAUGGUCACAAUGGAAGACCUCAGGAGCAAUCCAAGCACUCGGAAGAUGGAGGUGGUUUGAUGGGAAAGGCUAUUAACAUGUUUUUGCAGUAA